AUGCUGAAGCAAUUCCUCAGCAGACUUCCACGCAAGACACCGAAACCCGACUCGGACGAGUCAUGCCGAGCCGACUCGUCCCGCUCAGACGAUUCCCCUCGCGCUGCCAGCAGGCACAGUCGCACGCAAGGGGGUACGGCAGCCUCGAACGCCGCAAAACGGACAUCCUCGUCGGCGGUUUUUCCGGCGAGCACGGUGUCGGUAAUAGAACCUCUGGUGCCGUUUAAGGAUAUUCCGAGCUCGGAAAAGAUGAACCUUUUCGUCAGCAAGCUGAGCCUGUGUUGUGUGACGUUCGAUUUCACGGACCCUGGUAAGAACACGGUGGAGAAAGAGGUGAAGAGAAAAACACUUGUUGAACUCGUUGAUUUUGUUUCCUCUUGUGGGUCUACGAGGUUCUGUGAACCUGCUAUUCUCGCUGUGUGCAGAAUGUGUGCUCUUAAUCUCUUUCGCGUUUUCCCGCCAAAUUAUAGGUCCAAUCGUGGUGGUGAGAAUGAUGAUGACGAGCCAGCGUUUGAUCCCGCAUGGCCUCAUUUGCAGCUGGUGUAUGAGUUGCUGCUCAAGUUUAUCACCUCAAAUUCUCUUGAUGCCAAGGUGGCCAAGAAGUACAUUGAUCAUUCCUUUAUGUUAAGGUUGUUGGAGUUGUUUGAUUCGGAGGAUCCUAGGGAGAGGGACUGCUUGAAGACCAUUCUGCAUAGGGUUUAUGGCAAGUUCAUGGUGCAUAGGCCCUACAUAAGGAAAUCCAUUAACAACUUGUUUUUUAAGUUUGUGUUUGAGACUGAGAGGCACAACGGGAUUGCCGAGUUGUUGGAGAUUUUUGGGAGCAUAAUUAGCGGGUUCGCUUUGCCUUUGAAAGAGGAGCACAAGAUUUUCAUGUGGAGGGUUUUGAUCCCUUUGCACAAGGCCAAGUCUAUGGGGGUGUACUUUCAGCAGUUGUCUUACUGCGUUACUCAGUUCAUUGAGAAAGAGCCUAAGUUGGCGAGCAUUGUCAUCAGGGGGUUGUUAAAGUAUUGGCCGAUAACUAAUAGUCAGAAAGAGGUGAUGUUCCUGGGUGAACUGGAAGAAAUUUUGGAAACAAUUAACAUGGUAGAGUUCCAGAGAGUCAUGGUACCUUUAUUUUGGCGGAUAGGAUGCUGCAUUAACAGUAUGCAUUUUCAGGUAGCUGAAAGAGCCCUUUUCUUAUGGAACAACGACCAUAUUGUGAACUUGAUCGCUCACAACCGACAAGUGAUCUUGCCAAUCAUAUUUCCAGCCUUAGAGAAGAAUUCUCAGGGCCACUGGAGCCAAGCAGUGCUCAACCUAACUCAUAAUGUCAAGAAAAUGUUUGCAGAGAUGGAUGAGAAGUUGUACCUAGCUUGUCAUUCCCAGUAUAAGGAAGAAGAAACAAUACUGAACACGGCGGCUGAGAAGCGGAAGGAAGCAUGGAAACAACUAGAGCAUGCAGCCAGUCUCCAGCCUGUGAUUGGAAAUACAGCAGUUUUAGUAUCUCCAAUUUGA